AUGCAGCCCGUUGGUCUUCCUUUUUGUUUUAAUUAUUUUGCUUUUGAGGGGCCGCUGCCGUUCUGCUUGGCUGCAUGGGUACAGCACCGUAACUGCUUUAAUCAUUUCAAUUGUUUUGGUUUUGAUUGCUUUCGGUGGGCGGCCUUUCUUUCUCCCUUCCUCUUCCUGGAUUGGGCUGCACCGGAAGGGAGGGAGUGUGUGUGCUUGCUGGUCGGCCCACUUGCUGCUGCGCGUCCCCACUGCUCGGUGGGUGCCCCACGCUUUGGCUUCACUUCACGGGGUUUGUGUAUUUUUAUGUUUGUUGGAGCGUUCGGACGGAAUGGCCGGGUCGUGCAUUGUGGUUUGCAGCGUAUGGUGAGUGUGCUGUGCAUCAUCUUUUUCCUGUUGUAUUGCUUUGCGUAUGCGCAGGAGUCGCUAAGGGUGGGCCGGGAAAAGAUUGUUUUUUUUGAGGGACAACGCAAGAUGCCGGCCGCGUCUCCACCUUUUCACCGUCACUCACACGCCAUGGAGAAAACGGGGGUGCGUAGCCGUCUGUUGCUGUGUUGGGUUCGGGGCGCGUGGUAG